UUGGUUUUUGUGGAUGUCGCCGUGUUUAUAUAAAUUAUAGUUACUCUGCAGUCCGACGGUGUAAAACACUUAACUAUUUCCAGCUGCCAUGCGUAGGGUGGGCUUGGGCUUCUAGCACAGUUAACGUUACAUUCCCCUUCUUCUAGAUGAUGGCUAUCUGUAAUAUGUGAGUGUAAUAGGCCUUUCAGAACAAACAGCCAGCCUGCCGCUGGGUUCAGCGCACAUUGGUUACAGCGCGCUGUGCUCAAAGUUCAGCGCUUUGCUCGACGCAGUGAAAUGCCGUCGUGGCGCGGCGCAAGCCAUUGGAAAUAAUGGGUUUCAGAGCUCAGCGGUUCCGUUGAGUUGAGCGCUUCUAUAUCAAAAUGUUUUAUGGUGACAAGCUAUGCAGCGUAGAAGACUGUAUUCCCGGCACAGGAGUAUAUCUUCGGCACGGCUACAUUUACUCUUCCCUAGCAGGCUACGUGCUCAAGAAGAACGAGGGAGAGGAGUUACCAGUGAUCUCAGUGGUGAGAGAAACAGAAACGCAACUACUACCCGAUGUAGGAGCAAUCGUCACCUGUAAGGUGACCAGUAUCAACCCCAGGUUCGCAAAGGUCCACAUCCUUUAUGUAGGCUCAACACCGCUGAAGGACCGCUUCAGAGGAACAAUCAGAAAAGAAGAUGUGCGUGCAACAGAGAAAGACAAGGUGGAAAUAUACAAAAGCUUCAGACCUGGCGACAUCGUCUUGGCGAAAGUGAUUUCCCUCGGUGACGUGCAGUCUAACUACCUGUUGACAACAGCAGAGAAUGAACUAGGGGUGGUGGUGGCGCACAGUGAAGCAGGUGUCCAGAUGGUUCCCAUCAGCUGGUGUGAGAUGCAGUGCCCACGGACGCACAGCAAAGAGUUUCGCAAAGUGGCCCGCGUGCAGCCGGAGUACCUGCAGGCAUGAGACAACUUCUAUCUUUCACAAGGAACACACAGCUUCCCCUCCCUCUUUCACUCACUGUCAUCAAGUAGCCUCCCAACUCUUGUUUUCAGAUGUGUUCUGAGAGACUAGACAACGUGCAUAUUGUUGGCUACCUCUGCUUUCAUGUCUUUUUAAAUAGCUCUCCCUCUGCACAUUGUGUCAUCAUCUGAUUGUGCCAGCUUGAAAAUACUGAAACAGGGUCAGACCAAACUGUCAGCACAUAUUCUAAACAAUUUCGUGACUGUUGUAAAGACAAUGUUUAACCAAAGUGAGUCCAUGUGCCAGCAACUUGGCUUUUUGAAGUUGCCUUUCAAUUGCCCUACGGCAACCUGAUUAGAACUGUCUGACUCCGUUCACUCAGGAUGUUACAUGGCAGCUACUGAGCUUUCUAAGAUGAAAGCAUAGAAGAAUUUUGCACCUAGUCAAAAAAGGCCUUUUUCACAGAUGCAGGAUACACUCAAGUUUUGCUAUUGAGUAUAAUGGCCUUAUCAUUAGGACACCUGAAGGAUGAAGCAGUUGGUGCAUGUUGCUGGAUCCAUAAACGCCCAGACUGCAUUUUGUAACCAGAGAGAUUUAAAGGGCAGUGGCUGUAGUAUUGGUUUGAGAUAAUGAGGACUCAACCAGAAAUGCUGCACUUGAAACUUCUUAUGCAUGUCAUGUAUGCAACUGACUUUUUUUUUUUUUGUCCAUAAAAGUGAUAAAACAAUCUCCUCAGGCUCUUUUGUCCUUACUCCUUUCCGAUCCUUCCAGUUUCAAGUAAACUGAUGGACAAAUGUCCACGCAGCAGUUUAACGUUAAAUGAUUACAACUGGCAGAAAUGAAAAAAGCAGAAAUGUUUCCAUUUUAUCUUUGAAGUAAAGUGUACUUUGAUUCCUCCUUCACUUUACAACAGUCAUUUAUGUGCAAGAUCGAAAUAAAAUGACUAUUAAAGCCA